AGAGUAACAAUAAGUGAGCAUAAAAUUCAUGCGUAAGCUUCGUCGCCUAAAAGAAUUGUAAAUCCUGUAAGCAUUCAUACAUGUUAACACACACCUAAUUAUCUCCACGCCUAUUGCAUUUGCCGCCACCACCCACCAUUCUACCACAAUGCAUCAAUCGCAUGCUCACCCACCACACUCACUCAAAGACAACCAUUCGACUGACUUCGGAGAAUGCGUACUGCGAUUGCAAAUGAGCGCCUAUAAAGGACACAUUAGUGGUAAACGGCGAUGCAAUAAUAAAAGCCAUACAAUGGCUAAGGAUGCGCACAGUCAACGCGUGAACGUCCUGGCGGCAACAUCAACGCGCAGAACAGCUAAAUCAACCGUUCUCAAAUCGGUACAACUCGCUUAGGCUGCAUUAUUUAGGCGCGUUUUAAAUUUGUAUAAAAGUGUAAAAUUAAUUAAAAUUUCGGAAAUUUGAAAAAUGGCCGGUCCAUUUCUGUCACCUCUACCGGGCGAUCUCUUAACGGAGUAUAUGUUUGGUCGACGGCGUCAACGUCGCAAUCGCACAACUUUUACACCUCAGCAAUUGCAGGAGCUCGAGGCGCUCUUCCAGAAAACUCACUAUCCCGAUGUGUUUCUACGCGAGGAAGUGGCGCUGCGGAUCAGUUUAAGCGAAGCGCGUGUUCAGGUGUGGUUCCAAAAUCGGAGAGCCAAAUGGCGAAAACAGGCUCGUCUACAACUUUUACAAGAUGCCUGGCGGAUGCGUUGCUUGAGUUUGGGCACGCCCACUGUUAUAGCGGCAGGCGAUCGCGUGCCCCGAAUACCCGGCGCGGCUGCAAUGAAUGGCGCCUCACCAACGGAAAUGACAGCGGAAAACCUCUCCAGUGGCGGCCAAACGAAAGACGGAGGCCAUCUAACAUCACCCGAAUCAAUGCUCUCGGCUAAUGGACAAUCCAUGCCCAGCGAUUUCACAAUGAUGCAUCCCGCAUUUCAACAACAACAACAGCAGCAAACACAAAAGUUGGACACAGACCAAAUGGAUAAGACAAAAAGUGACGCUGCAAAUGGCAAAAUGCCCAAUGGCUGCGAGAAGACCUAUACUGAGUUAAAACUGUACAAAGAACAUCAUGGCCAUGGGCUCGGCAAUGCAUUGCAGGCUCACAUGAAUAUGAAUGGUUUGGGCGCGGAUCCGAGUGCUAUGGCCAAUGCUUUAGCUCACGGUUCGGAUGAGGGUUCCGAUGAUUCCGAUUCUGAAGAGAUCGAUUUAACGUCAGGUUCUUGUAUAGAUUUCUCGAGUAAUAAACAACAUUUGCUACAACAAUCACAACAACAACAACCGAUCGGUACAAACGCUGCGCCUAAUGGUGUACAUUAGUUUUAAAUUGGAAUUUGAUUGUAAAUCCUUAUGAAUAAGAGACAGUACUUCCGCUACACUUAGGUACAUACACACACAUAUGUAAAUAAAUAAAAAGUCA